AUGGCCUCCAGCAGGAGGAACAUCCUCAUCUCAGGCAUGGGCCGCUUCAUCUCCGCCGACGCAGAAGCUUUCCAGAAAUUCGGCCCUUCGCACCUCAAUCAACAGCAACUCAACGCCGACAUCGCUCAAGCGACCGAAGCAGGCUACGACUGCGACACGGAAGACAUCAACCCCAACGAUGCGCAAGACAGCCUCAAGCGCGUGAGAGACCGCCUGAAGAGUAAGCGGUACGACGCGUAUAUCAUCGGAUACGGCAUCAGAGGGAAGAAGGAUCACACGGCCUUGUAUGAGAGAGUUGUCAACCUGGCAGUCGAAGUGAGCCCCACGACGAGGUUCGGGUUCAGCACGGCACCGGAUACGGUGUUCGAGACGAUCAAGAGGGUUCUGCCGGCGGAGAGUUGA